CCCUGCUCCCUGUCCACCCCCACCCCCCCGCUCAAAUACCCCUACUCCUACUCGCCAUCUAUAUAUAUCCGCAGUUUCUGUUGGACCUUCGUAUUUGUAGUUUUUUCUUGCUCUCUGUCUUUGUGCUUUCCUCCAUUGACGCUCAGAGACAUCCAUCUUUAUACAUAUUCACAAUGGCUCCAGCUGCAGCAGACUCCAUCAAGCCUAGAGAUGUUUGCAUUGUUGGUGUUGCCCGUACUCCAAUGGGAGGCUUCCUUGGUUCUCUUUCUUCGCUGUCAGCGACCAAACUUGGAUCAAUAGCCAUUGAGGGUGCUCUUAAGAAAGCUAAUGUUGAUCCAUCACUAGUAGAAGAAGUAUUCUUUGGGAAUGUCCUCAGUGCAAACCUGGGACAGGCUCCUGCUAGGCAAGCAGCAUUAGGUGCAGGAAUACCCAAUACAGUAGUUUGUACAGCUGUGAACAAAGUCUGUGCAUCUGGGUUGAAAGCAACUAUGCUUGCAGCUCAAAGUAUCCAGUUGGGCAUCAAUGAUGUUGUGGUGGCUGGUGGAAUGGAAAGCAUGUCCAAUGUUCCGAAAUACAUUGCAGAAGCAAGGAAGGGAUCUCGUCUUGGACAUGAUAGUCUUGUUGACGGAAUGCUUAAAGAUGGUUUGACUGACGUAUAUAAGGAUUGUGGUAUGGGAGUUUGUGCAGAAAUAUGUGCCGAAAAUCAUAAAAUCACAAGAGAGGAGCAGGAUGACUAUGCAGUUCAAAGUUUUGAACGUGGCAUCGCUGCUCAGGAAGCUGGUGCUUUUGCAUGGGAGAUUGUGCCGGUUGAGGUGCCUGGGGGAAGAGGAAAACCAUCCAUUAUUGUUGAUAAGGAUGACGGUCUAGGAAAGUUUGAUGGUGCAAAAUUGAGAAAACUCCGACCAAGUUUUAAGGAAAAGGAUGGUACUGUGACUGCUGGUAACGCUUCUAGCAUAAGUGAUGGAGCUGCUGCAUUGGUCUUAGUAAGUGGAGAGAAGGCGAUAAAACUUGGACUAAAUGUGAUUGCAAAGAUCAGUGGCUAUGCUGACGCUGCUCAGGCACCUGAAUUAUUCACAACUGCACCUGCUCUAGCAAUUCCAAAAGCUAUCAAAAGUGCUAGCUUAGAGGCUUCUCAAAUUGACUACUAUGAAAUUAAUGAAGCUUUUGCUGUGGUAUCUCUUGCAAAUCAAAAGCUGCUUGGUCUUAAUCCAGAAAAAGUUAAUGUACAUGGUGGAGCUGUAUCUUUGGGGCACCCUCUUGGAUGCAGUGGAGCUCGUAUAUUGGUUACACUUCUUGGGGUAUUGAGACAGAAAAACGGCAAAUAUGGCGCUGCUGGUGUUUGCAAUGGCGGAGGAGGUGCCUCAGCCCUUGUCCUAGAGCUUGUGUAAUCCUUGUUGGCUUUUGGUUACAUGAUGCUUGCAACGGAUUAGAACCGGCAGUGCGCCUUCAGCUAGAGAUGAUUGUGCAACCUGUUUUUUUUUUUUUUUUUUUUUUUGGUUCUUAUUUUUUCUUUUUCCUUGUUAGUGUUCUUUCAAGUUGUAUUCUUCCUAAAUAAAUGAAAGUUGCUUCUUCAGAAUUAGCGACAGAUCUCCCCUCUCCCAA